UUUUUCUCUCGCCUAGUCAAAGUAAAUAGGCGCAGGCAGGGCUGUGUCAAAGAGCCGGAUUUCACUUCCUGCCACCUGGAGUCUUCUCUUUUCUUCCUGGACGCGAAUGAAGGGCGCACCUGAAGUUCAGCAGGCUGCAAAGGCGGAGUUAAAGGCAGAUCCGUUUCAGCGGAAGGGCAACACCUUGACGACUACAGAGUGGCCUGUGAGUCAGUUUCACCUGAAACUCUACAGGUAGUGAAGAGAGGAAAAAAAGAAAAGAAGCGUCGGUCUUUCGGAAGGGAAGCAACAGCAGGGCUCCUGGGGAGAAAGAAGCCACGCGGAACCCGAAGGAACCGUGCGGGGAAUCUCCGGUGCGCAGCACCUCUUUCUCCUUGCCUCUCCCAGGAAGCCAGAGGCGGACGCUGCGUGAAACAAGGAAGCGUCCCGUGUAGCCACCUGGAACUGGCUUUGGGAACAGGCGAGUCAAAUCUGAGGGAUUUGGAAAGGGUUUAUUAGGGUCACUUAGGCGUUUGCCAGAAAAGCGUUCGAGUUAAAGGGAACACAGCAGGCGAAACCCUUUGAAGGAAGCCGUUCUUGAACCAACGACCUUUCCCAGCGCCUUCGAUAUUCUUUAGUUUAUUUGUGCAUCUCUCCUUUCGCGUUCUUGAACUUUAGAACAAACGGCAACAACUGGGGAGAUCUUUCGCUUGGAGCAAGAGGGCUGGGCGUGUGCCAAGAUGGCCAGAAGCAGACACCACCUCCAAGUCGGCCUCCUGAUGCCCCUCGUCUUGGCUGUGCUGGUUCUUGGACAAGAAGCGGGGCCAGAGGAGCCCUCUUUCGGAGAGGCCUGCCUGUCCCACUUCACGAGGGGUUUGCCGGAGUUUGUCCUGGACCCAGACGCCUCGGUGCAAAACGGAGCCACCUUCCUGGGCUCCCCGCCUCUGGAAAGGGGCAAGGACUGCGUGAGAGCGUGCUGCAAGAAUCCCCACUGCAACCUGGCCUUAGUGGAGCAGGCCCCAGGAGAAGGCGAAGACAGCAUCCAGAGCUGCUUUCUCCUCGACUGCCUCUAUGACCAGAGAUUCGUCUGCAAGUUUGCCCGGAAGGACGGCUUUCUUAACUACGUCAAGAAGGAUGUGUACGAUGCCUACAGCCGACAUGGUAAUCGGCCCCCAGGUGACCGGCCACCUAUUGCUCGUGCUUGGGUGGACAUGAAAGUGCAGCCUGGUGAGGCGGUGACAUUGAGGGGUACAGAAAGUUCUGAUGACCAUGGCAUUGUUAAUUAUGAAUGGACGCUUCUCCAGGGCGAUUCCUCAGUGGAGAUGAAGAAAGAGGAGGAUCGGGUGGUGCUCACCAACCUGCAGGAAGGGGUCUACGUCUUCCAACUGACUGUGACUGAUGCUGCUGAGCAGCAGGACUCGACCACCAUCACUGUCACUGUCCUCAAUGCUGAGCAGACUGCAGAGCACUGCUUGGCUCCCUCCAAGGUGGGGCGGUGUCGGGGAUCCUUCCCCCGCUGGUACUACAACCCAGCAAGUCAGCAGUGUCAGCGCUUCAUCUUUGGAGGCUGCAAUUCCAACAAGAACAAUUACUUGCGAGAAGAAGAAUGCAACCUUGCCUGCCAGAAUGUUCAAGGUGCUGUAGAAACACCGCAAGAGCCAGUAUGCAGUGGAAACUGCCUACCCUUCAAUUUCAAAUGCGAAGAUGGCUGCUGCAUUGAUAACUUCCUGGAAUGUGAUGAAACUCUAGAUUGCAAAGAUGGGUCAGAUGAGAAGUUAUGCGAUUCAUAUAUUCAAGGAUUCAAUAAAUUACGCAACAUCAAUGCUUCAUUCAGCCAAGGCCACUGUGUGGAGAAGCCAGACACUGCACGGUGUGAUGAAAGCCUCAUCCGCUGGUAUUACAAUCCAUUCACUGAGCAAUGUGAUCGCUUCACCUAUGGAGGCUGUGAAGGCAACAAGAAUAAUUUUCAGGAUGAGGAAGAGUGCAUGAAAUCCUGUAAAGGUAUCACAAAGGCAGAUUUGAUUGGCCUGAGAUGGAGAGGAGCCGAGGCUCAACGGGCACAUUUAAGUUCGUUUGAAACUGCCAUUGCUGUGCUCCUUGUGGUAUGCAUCUUGAUUGUGCUAGCAAUCCUUGGCUACUUCUUUCUGAAGAACAAAAAGACUUAUCGCCGCAGGCGUCAGCCACCUACGGCAGCCAACUCCACCCUUUCCUCCGUUCUCUCCACCACUGAGGAUACGGAGCACCUGGUUUACAACAGUACUACGAAGCCUAUUUGAAUCUGAAGAGCUGUACUCCACUUCUGGGAGUGGGACAGCUUUGCUUCCUGUUGAUGGCUUUUCACAUAAAGGCCUAUGGCUGAAGGAUUCCCCCCACCCCCUUCUCUCAAAAGACAGUCCUCUCACAAUUUUCUGCCCCUUGUAUUUAUCCUAAAUAAGUGGCAGCUCCUGAAGAACAAGAAUGACCAGGAGAAUAGUCCCCCCCACCCCCCAUUUCCUUGAGGCAAUAGAUUGAUAGCUCUCUUUGUUGCUGUUUCACUUAGUUCUCUCUGUGUGGUGGGGUGGUUCCAUUUUAAAUAGAAGGACUUGCUGUACCUACUGAAGGAGCUAUAGUUUGAAUUUAGUAUGGGGUUUAUCCUCAAACCUGUUGAAGUCUACAUUUCUUUUUUUAUCAAUUUUUUUGCCUGUUCCCUUUUUUAUUUCUCUCAAAAACUGUGCCACCUUAAACCCACCCAUCCCCAAGCAAGGGUCUAAAUAGUUGAGACACAAUGAUACCUCUUACCAUUGUAAAAUUGGAAUGGUGCACAGCAAUCUUUCAAAUACCACCACAUGGAAUUAGAAGGGUAGUGGACCACUGGAGUGAAACCAGCCUGAUUCCAUGCCCCCCCCUUCAGCCUAUGGGAUAGUUGGGCCAUACCAGUGCAUCUUAAAUAUUGUAAAUAAUGUUGUGAUGGUAUAGACAUAGCAUCCGAAUGUAUUUUAUGGCCAUUGGCUUUAAAUUUGGUUUUGCCACAAGAGAAAAUGCAUCUGCAACAUGUUGGUAAAUUAUUGAAAAUCUGGGUAUCCCCCCCACCCCCCGCUUCCAGGCUUGCCAUUUCUUCUUUUAAUGUUCAAUGACUAGUAUUGACUUUCACUUGCAUAUUUAUUUUAAGAACCAAAAUGUGACUUGUUCCUGACUUUCUAGCUUGUUGCUUGCACCCUGUAGUAGGAAAACUUUUUUUUUUUUGCUGCUUCACAAUGAUGUGCUACUUACUGACUCCUUGUACUUUUCAGAAGAAAGACAGUAGCAUCAUGAAGAAGAGUGGGUGUUUGGAGGGCAAUAAAUAGGUAGAUAGGAUAUUAUAGGGAAAGUAUCUCUGUCUCACCUCAAAAUGGACAGAGAGAGAGGAGCUGGGAGAAGGAGAGAAUGUUCCAGGCUUUUCUUUCCCAGAUGUCAAACUAGAAUAUGUCAAGCUGUACCUGAUGUCCAUAUUCUAAUAUUUUGAAGUGACUGAUAAAGCCAAGCCUUUUGCUGCUGUUCAUGGUAUGGUAUACCAGACCUGUCUUCCUUCUCUCCACUUGCUUGGAAUCUGGAGUGCCACGUGGCUUUUAAGAUCUGGUGAUUUUAUAACAAUUCCUGUGACUUGGUGUCUCUGGCUACCAGUUGGAGGAUGCUGGAAACAAAUUGCAGUUUCUGCUCUAGUCUGGGUAUGUGGAUCACUCCUCUCUUUUGUGGAGAGAUGUCAUGUGACUGCCAGACAUUUCUGGUGAUAUGGAGGUUCUCCACCUGAUCAGGGUGAUGUGUGUGGCGGCUGGCUGCUGUCGGGAGCAGUUCAGUCAGCUGCUAAAUGGUGGUUGUAAUGAGUAGACUGGACUCUUGGUUUGCUUCCAUUCUGGCUGAUCACCGAACUCUUCUCCCUCCAGAGAGAGCAGCACUUAAUUCAAUAACCUAGCUGAGUAUAGCUUUUGGAACCAAGCCACAUGUCCUUUGUCUCUUUCUGACUGUAGGACAACAGGUGGAAAAACUGUACUCUGAAGUACAUUUGAUGCUUUCAUAUCCAAUACUGAGAAGGAGAAUGUGUGUGUAAUUCUGUCAGCUGCUUUGGAAAUCUGCCACUAUGAGAGUGAGUGAGUUGAGAGAGAGAGAGCGCAGACAAUACGUGGAUUUUCCUUUGUAUUAUGAAAUUGUGUGUGUGUGUGUGUGUGUGUAUAUAUAUAUAUAUGACUUUUUAAAAAAACAAAACAAAUGCAAGCUUCUGCUGGCUGAAGUCAACAAGCACCAGCAGAACUAAGAGAAUGGUGAAAUGAUUCUACUCUGAGGGAAGGUAGGAGUUUUUCCGGGGGGUAGUUCUAUUUCUAUUUUCCCCUUCGAGAAUAAUAGAAUGGGAUGGAGAAGAUGAUGUCAAGGUUUGCAGUUGUGCCUUUAAGGGAGGGGACAGAACAAGAGAUAAUUCAUCAUCUCCUACUGCAGUUAGCAGGUUACUCCAUAUUUCUUUUUUAAAGAAAAGUGCUGUAACAGAACCUUCUCUGUUCCUUCCUGAACACUUGUUGUACCUUCUGAGCCCUUAAUUUCUGGAUUUCUCUCCCUCAGUAUAUGUAGAUUUUAAUAAAAGAUUUUGUUCGUAA